CGAUGAUAUUUUCAAUCACAUUAAGUUUUCUGGACCCGUUGUUACAAUCGGUGAUUGUAACAGUACAAAAAUCGAUGAUGAAUCUGGAGUUUGGAAUAACAUUUCAGAGUUCAUUUCAGAAGAUUAUUCCACGUCAUGCAUUGCUUGUUGGGUUGCCAAGCCUCUACACAAGUCGAUCAUGGAAGAGAUUUCAAAAUUAUUUGAUUAUAAGUUCAGAGUCGUAUAUCAUUUAGUAAAUGUUAAAGACAUAAGUAACGGCAGCAAUGAUCACUGUGAAAUUACAAGUGAAACAUCAAUAAAAGAUCUUGAAAUUUGUGUCUCACCAAUUCCAAUUGAACCUAGCAAUACAUCCAAUAUUAUUAUGAUAAAUGAAAAACAUCCACGAAGGUUUAACAAUACUAUAAACAUCUCAAACGGCCAUGAACAUGAUUUUCACAUCCAAGUGGAAGGUGGAACAACUUUUGGAGCAACAGCUAGUUAUGAUAAAAAGAAUAGCAGAAACACUAUGACAACAUUAAAAGAAUGGGACUUGCAAAAUGAAUUUGAUGAAAUUGAUUGUGUACGAUGGGCGUAUAGAUUUAUCGGCGAUGAAAUAUAUGAUGAUGGAGAACAUAGAAAAACAUUAACACGGACUAUAUCUAUUUUAGUAAUUGGUUUAUCAUGGAUGAAAUGGGAGGAUUUCGAAUUACCAUUACACAAGUGCUUGGCU